CCCAUUGCUUGAGCUACGGGUAUACGAUGCUUUAGUUGAUUAAAUUCCGGGUGCUAAAAUGUUAUUUUUCUUCACGUUAAAUCGUUUCUAAAUUACGUUUAAAUACACACGAAGAGCAACUUUGUGGUUUUGGAUGCUUAGACUUUUACGAACAUGUCUGCUUUUUAAUCAUAAAGAUAGUUUUCGCUCUUUUUUGCUGGUCAUGAAGCUAACCUAGCUCAUGUCGUUACAACGAUACUUCUCUCACCCUAUAUGCUGUGGUUAGCUAGCCACGCUGCUACACCAUAAUUGGUAGCUAGCUAAUGAGGCGAGGAGAGUAAACGGCGUCAAAAGUACGAAGUGACACUAGAAGACGAUUAAAAACGAUAAAGCUAGCCAGCUACCCAAGACUGAGCAGCAGCAGCAGCUAGCUGGCUAGCUGUGUUUGCUGAACGAAGAGGACUCUUAAAAAAGGAAACCCUGUAAUGGCAAACGAGCCGGUCAUUUUAAACGUAUAUGAUAUGUACUGGAUCAAUGAAUUCACUACCUCUUUGGGUAUUGGGGUCUUUCACUCAGGGAUUGAGAUUUAUGGCAGAGAGUUUGCUUAUGGGGGGCAUCCAUAUCCGUUUUCAGGUAUAUUUGAGAUAACACCUUGUGAUGCCACGGAACUUGGGGAGACAUUUAAAUUCAAAGAAGCUAUUGUUCUAGGGAGCACAGACUUCACAGAGGAAGACGUGGAGCGAAUCAUGGAGGAGAUGGGAAAGGAGUACAAGGGUAAUGCGUACCACCUCAUGCACAAGAACUGCAAUCACUUUUCCUCAGCGCUCUCAGAGAUCCUUUGUGGCCGUGAAAUCCCGCGUUGGGUGAACCGUCUGGCCUACUUCAGCUCCUGCGUGCCCUUUCUGCAGAGCUGCCUGCCUAAGGAAUGGCUCACUCCCGCGGCACUGCAGUCCAGCGUGAGCCAGGAGCUCCAGGGUGAGCUGGAAGAAGCGGAGGAUGCAGCAGCCUCUGCCUCCAUACCUUCCUGUGCUGUGGCGCCCAGGCCCACCCGCCAGCAGCCACGGCGAUAGAGUCUGCUGCCUGGACUGACGGGCCUCAGAGACUGGCCCAGUGCUCUUGCUGCCUGUUCCCCCACCCCUUCCAAUGACAGACCUGCAAUCCACCAGCAGCGUUGAUAAGCCCUGUGCCCUGUGUUGUUUUUUGGUCAAGGGGCCCAGAGACCUAUCAGACUGAUUUACUGGGGAGGGAAACCCUCAGAGUUGGUUUUGGCAGUGUUUUAAACAUUACUGUUUUUUGCUGUUAUUGUUUUGUUUUGGAAACUCAGGACAGAAAGACUAUUUGUACUAAAUUUGUAUUAUAUUCCAUUGACUCAUCUUGGAUUUUCUUUUAUUUUGGUAAUGUUACUGUUAAGCUUUUGCUGGAUUUUCUCACUCCUCUUUCUUGACUGUGUCCCUAAGAAAGCAUCUUUUUAACAGGGAGCUUUUGUUUACAUCCUGUAUUUCUGUAUAUGUGUUUUUAUUACUGAAACCCUGCCACCUGGGCCAAAUUGCCCCAUUUUUGUAACAACACAACUCAUGUCUGCUCACCUUGGUGAUUGUGCCUAAAGAUUUUUACUGUUACUUGCUCAGAGAGCUCUGCACUCUUUCUCUACAGUUUACCUGUUGGUCUGCUGUGACUAGCAGUUCUUCAAAUGUACUUCAGACAUUUUACACCUUUAGGUUUUUAGAGUCUUCUAUGUACUGGAGGAACUUUGUAUUCUAUUUGAUGAUUAAUAAAGAAAAGUAAUUUUUUUUCUGAAAAACAAAUUGCUUAUUGUAUUACCUUGUAUUUAAAUCCCUUAGUGUACCAGUAUGCCAUUCAUUGUAGCCCUGAGUGGUUUUGUGAUAAAGGGGAGUAGACAUUUCUCUCUCUCUUGCCAUUUAACAUCUGAGCUAGACGUUUAAUUCCGUGGGUUGCUCUGUUGGUUCUGCAAAGUGACAACAACGUUCUACUUACGCCUGAGGUGUGGAAUAAACUUGAGUUUUUGGUUCAUUUUCCUACAUAAAUACAUGCCAAGAUACAAACACAAAUAUCUAGGCUGCCUUUUCCAGUCACUGCAGUUGGCUUACAGUAGGAAAGGUCUGACCUAUCAAAACUGAAAGUUCAUUAGUCAGUUGCUGGAGAGAAGUGUUGCUGUUAUACAUAUCCUAGAAGCAAGCGAAAUGGUUUGCAUAACAUUCUAGAUUUAGAAACUUAACGGUUUUAGUAAGAGUUCAUGAAUAUCUUUGCUGUGCUGAGUCAUCUCCGCUGCCUUGUAAUGCAAAGUUUUAGAGUCUAGUUAUAGUCUCCAAAACUGUUGCCACAGUUGGUAGUUCCUUUGGUGCUUUUCCGCUUAGAGCAGGCGCAAGCGUCUACUGUCCUUAAAUCCCUUUGUCAUGAAAAGGGAGAGGAAUGGGUCCAUGAGGGGCCCGAGGUUUAAGAGUGAAUUGAUGAUCAGUCCCAAAUAUUGUGAGUAACAUUUAAAUGAUAAACACACUGUUUAAUGCUUUAAGACAAAGGGGAAAUGCAGGAUGCUGUAAUUGCACAAAAGGAUCGUGCAUACCUAGAAUCCUCUUCUGCUCAGGAAUGCAUACUGAACCCCUGCAACACCACAGAGCCCUGAUGGAGUCCAUGAAGAAAAACAGUAGGAAAAGAAAUGGGAGAAGGAGGAUGGGGAGAAAAAAGAGCACGUAUCUGUUCCCAGCUAGCAGUAGGAUAGCAACUGGUGCCACCCAUAAGGCCACUGAAACCAUGGCUGACUGUCUUACUUUCAUACAGCAGGCUCUAUACUGCAAGCAAUCCACUAACAGGUACCGCUCCUACGCAACAAUGUUGGUAAUUACACCAAAAUGGAAGAGCAGGGAAGAGAUGCCAGAAAUGUGGAGAUUUGCAUGAUGGCGCCUAUCGGCCUAUUUGGCUGUCGGAAAAUACUGAAAAUGUAAGAGGUGAGCAGGCUGAUGAGGUAUGCAGGGACAGCUUUGCCAUUACUGGCCUGUUGGCUCAUGAGGUCAAUGGAGAAGCAGAUUCCAGGUAGCCCAAGAGUAAAAGAGACCCAUUUAAUAAUCUGCAUGGUCUCAGGAAUUUGAGUGAUGUUGCCAUCUGCGCCAUAGCAUAAAGUUGCAUUUUGGAAAAUAUCCAUGCCCCAGUUGGAAUAGAGGAGCUAAUUACAUUAACCAUAAAAGCUGAUAUUUGCUGAGCUAUCUAGAGAGCAGCGAUACCAAAAGUAAAGUGCUGAUGUCCAAGAGAGUCCAGCUUGAACCCUAUCAACAAGGUCCCAGGCUCCAUAGCACCAGCAGUUCAGAGAACUUUAUGUGGAGUGUGAAAACGUGCUCCUAGGAUUAGCCCAUAAAGUGUUUUAAAAGAUGCAUUAUAUGCCAUACAUGUUGUUUAAAGGUUUGUUUAAAAUAUUUUUGAUUGUAUCAGUAAUGGUUCCUGUGGUAAGCAGUUCCAAUGAGCUAAUACUUUGCCCUGAUAGAAUAAUGAUCAUUAUAAAGUAAAUAUGUCAAUGAUCUGAGCCACUUUGUGUGCUCCUGAGGGGUCAGGAUGGAAAUGUUUGAUCCAGCUCAUUCUCUUUUGCUCCUUCUUGCUUGCUUUUUCUGACACCUAAAACAAUCACACUCUAUAAAUGAUCACGUUUCAUGGCCCAAAUGAGGAUAUUUACAUCCACAGUCUAUUGACUUUGCUUUAUUCAUAUAUAAUAUGCCACAUUCUUCACAAUCAAUGACAUUGUGAGCAACUGUAUGCAUUUUGCACAUUAAAUGUUACUUACACAGUCUGUAGCAAAGCAAAUCAUUAAUUAAAACCAAUUAAAUAUUGACCUAUCAGCAAAUACUGUAAAUUUCUCCCCUGCCAACUGCCCCGUCUCCUUCCAAAAUCAUCACUGAUCUUAUUGUGAUAUUGAUGUUCCUCCUUGAUCAUCUGGGUCUUACACUAAGAUACAUGUUCAUUUUCUGUUCUACAAAGGGCCAGAUCACAAAAUUACUGAAAAGAGAGUUUAGUCACAAAGCACAGUGACGCACACUAAGCAGUUUUGAACUGAAUGUAUUUCUUAUAGUACUGAGUACAGUUUUCUUUUUAAAUUCCUAAAGUCAUUCUUAUCAUUCUCAUUUUUUAAUAAUUGUAUUAUAACUUUCUAAUCUCCCAAUACAGUCAAUUUGCCAUUAGCCUGAUAGGUGAUUCAUAUCCAAAUCUAUCAGGCAUUUCAUUUAAUUUUUGGUACAUUCCUUAUGUACGCUAAAGGCUAGCCUUAAUAUCCCAGUAGCCAAGCUGAAUUAAAACCUAAAGAAAAUCAGUUGGUCAGAGAUAUUUUAAAUGCCAAGGUGGAUUUGGAUAACUGUUAGCCGACAAUCAUUUCUAACUUAUGUGAAGUUAAGGUUUCCCUCUGUCUCCAUUCUGACAUUUCCUGUGCCAUUGAAACGUACUUGACAUCAGAAAAAGGAGAGAGAGACUGAAUGGAAUAUGAAUGUCUUAAGGCCAAAGAAUCAGAGAUAAGACAGCAAACCUGCUUUUUUCAUCAUAAACCUUUAAAGGUCAUUAAAGGCCUUCAAACUGCAGGCCUUUCUCCAUCCAUCCCAUAUCAUUUAUGUCCUUGGACAGAAAUGGCUCCAAUGAUGUUCAAAUAUAUGGUAAGACAAGAAUAAUAAUUAUAAUAAUUAUGACUGUUCACAUUGUUAGUGUAUAUAGUACAGUAUAGUCCACCACUGUGACUUCCUGUAUUUUUUGUCACUGGAUACUGUAGAAUUUUAGUUUUUUAACAAUUAUAUAAUAUUUUAAUAUUUACAGCAUAUAAUAUAAAUAAAUGAUGUAAUGAUGCUAAAGGCGAAUAUAGCACCUGCCUAUGGGGAGAUCUUUUAUGAAAACGGUUCUCGGUUGCCUCUAGUGUCUGGAAGAAGUAUCAAUCUGUAUCAUGGUCACCUUCGAAAAAUACUUCAACCGAUUUAAAUAUAUCCCAUACUAUACAUUUACUUUGUUUUUCCUUCACUGGAAAUUUGCUAAAUACGAUGUCAAUAAAGGAUGGAUUUGGAUUUAGCAAGUAGAGAAGGCUGAGUAGAUACCAAGCUCCCAACUAAUCCCAACACUCCCAACUAAACACGGAAACAGGCUUCGUCGUAAUCUCCACAUUUCACGCUUGUCAUUUCGAUGGUGAAGUAGAGCUGUGCUAGAAGGCCUGGUUUGAUGGCAGGACUUGUUCGGGUGGGGGGGGGG